AGACUGAUUGUUGCAUCAGUUUCGGUCCAAAAUUAAGGAUGAACAGAAUCGCUGGUGUCUUGUGUUUGAUGGCGGUCGGCGCCAUGGCUCUGCCUUCGCAGCAGCCCGACUGGAUGGGCUGCGGCGGCCAGGGCUUGAGCCUGUGCCUGCAGAUGAGGGCCCUCAAGUUCGUCGACAACCUCAACCAGCAAGGAAAGGUUGAGCUCACCGACGGUGUUGUCCUCGUCGGAGAGCCCGCUAAGGCCGGCCGUGCCCUCAACAACUUGGAAGACUCCCUGCCCUCCGACGCCGAUGAGCGCGAGAACCAGGUCCAGCAGCUGCUGGUCGAACGCGUCGCCCGUUUCCUCUCCACCCACACCCUGCAGGUCAAACUGCCCGAGGAGUCCAUCGAUGAAAUGAAGCGCUCUGUUGAGGAGGGCCGCAAGAAGAAGAAGAAGUUCCUGCUGCCCCUUCUGUUGGCCCUGAAGCUCAAGGCCAUCGCCCUGGUUCCCCUCAUCAUCGGUGCCCUCUUCAUCCUGGCCUUCAAGGCUCUGGUCGUCGGCAAGAUCGCUCUCGUCCUCUCCGCCCUGAUCGGCCUGCAGAAGUUGCUUGGCGGCCACAAGACCGUUGAGGUUGUGUCCUCCCACGGCUACGAAAGCGACCACCACUACGGCCGCUCCGCCGACAACCUGGCCUACAGCGCCCACGCUCCCCAGUAAAGCGCCAGCAACCAGCGGCAGCAGACUCUUGACUUUUCCCGACUUUUUCUCCCUGCUCUAUGUCUCUCUUCCAAACCUAAAAUGACGGACUGACGCCGGCAUUUCGACUGACUGCACCCUCUCCAAACUCUCUACCGUUUACAAACAAAACCUCAGGACUGCCAGAAAAUCAAAAACCACCAACACAUUGCUCAAUCUUGCCCUCUUCAACCACCUCUGCUCACAGACUUUCUUCCGAACUGUUUUUUCUCACUCAAUCACUCUCUCUAUUGACUCGGACUGUGCGUUAUUUAUUAAUUAAUUAAUUUAUUGCAAUUAUUUAAAAUUAAAAAUAAUCACACCGGUGCCCACUUUGUCGUCUGCUCAAAUUGCAGCAGGCGCGGUGGCUGAAAAUGUUGUUUCCCUUCUGUUUCCGAAGCGCCUCUGUCUUUUCUUAUUAUGUAAUAAAGUGUACAAAAGCCAUAAAA